GGAUGGGGCUGGACUGGAUGAUCUUAGUGGUCUUUUCCAACCUUAAUGAUUCUGUGAGUCACCCCCGGUGCAACUCGAUGUCAUUACCUCUCAUCCGAUCAGUUACCUGGGAAGAGGGGCUGACUCCCACCUCACUACACUCCUUUCACAGAGCUGUUCAGAGCCAUCAGGUUUUCUCCCAAGGCACGCAGGCAGAUGGGACUGUCCUUUAACACCCAGCUCCUCAUCUGGCAGAGCCGAACACGCAGCCAGGAUCAGGAUGAAACUGAGACAAAACUCAGCACUGACGUCACACCUCUGGUUUCUGUUUAGAACUGGAGCACAGCACUGACGUUAGCAUAACACGCAGAAAUAGCUAACAGGCAGCAAACGUUCGCCUUUGAGAAAGCGGCCUCACACAUAGGUACUUCUGAACAGGAAUGGCGCUAAGAAGUUUUGGGACUUUAUGAGGACACAUGACAGCGUGUCAAUCCUGAUCUUCAAUACUUCUCGGCAGUGCUUUGUAGUGGUGAAGCAGUUCCGCCCAGCUGUUUACAUGUGUGAAGUAGAAAGGCAACAUCCUCAGCUCUUCCAGAACCAGGACAAGGAGAGUUUCUCCCGCCUGGAGGAUCCCUUACCUGCAGUGGUAGGAGUGACUUAUGAACUCUGUGCUGGCAUCGUAGACAAGCCACAUCUUUCUUUAGAAGAAAUUGCCUGUGAGGAGAUCUUGGAAGAGUGUGGCUAUCGUGUGCCCGUUACAAACCUAAAGAAGAUCACUUCUUACAGGUCUGGAGUAGGUGUGACAGGUUCCAGGCAGACGUUGUUUUAUGCAGAAGUAACAGACCAGAUGAGAACGAGUGAAGGAGGUGGCCAACCUGAGGAAGGAGAGCUGAUUGAAGUUGUAGAAAUACCUUUAGAAGACUCCAUGAAGUUUGCUUAUGAUGAGACUUUUCCCAAGACGAUGGGUGUCAUCUUCAGCUUCACAUGGUUCCAGAAUAACAUAGCACCCAAGCUACCAAAAAAAUAAUAUAAAAGCACCCUGAUUUCAAGAGAAGAUCUCCUGCUGGUUCUGUGGGCACAGAAAACCACAAGUCUGCCUGCCUUCAUCAACUCACCUUGCUGCAGUUUUCAAAUCAUUCUCAGUUUAAUUUGGAAUUAAAAUCCGAAGUAAAAUCUGAAGUAAUCCAUCAUUAGCAAAAAUCUGAUGAGCUGCACUGGGGCCAGUAUUUGUCUCUGGGAGUCAAGUAUUAAUUCUCAGUCAAAGGCUAAGGAGAUGUGCCUGGUUCUCCUUUUUCAUGGCACUGCUCUACCACUGUUUUGAAGAGAUGCUCAGGGCCGCGAUGCAGCUGCUAUGCCAGCCUGUUGCUGUUGGCUGUACAUACUGGCAGCUGUGUAUUCACUGAAGCUCUCAGAGCUGUUUGUCCUAAUAUUUUGGGGAAGGCAGCACAGCUUCGUAGUGACAGAUAUCCUAACUAUGUUGUUGAGUUCUGCACAGCUUUCAGGGAACAGCUUUCUGUGUAGCUCCUGUACCAGAGAAAAUGCUUGCGUUUCUGAACAUGCAGACCUUUAUUUCAUAAGCAAACAUGUCUGUAAAUCCUUUUGCUAACAUGUCAUUCUGACAAUAGACCAGCUGUAAGGCUGCAUACUUCUGUUUGCUCCCAGCAGAACGCUGAGCAGCAGUGGUGGGGGUGAGUGAUGGGGGGUUUCUACGGGAACACAUGCUUCUUUGUUUGUUUUAUGGAUACUACUUGCUUAAUUAGAUCAAACUUUGUCCUCUAGAGCAGGACCUGAGAGGCCAAAUUCUUCUCAUUUGACUCCAAGGUGACUAACACAAGUGAUUUCUCAGAUUCCUUAUCACCAAAAUGUGAAGAGUGGGACUUUCCCCUCCAAUAACGCUCCUUUGAAACCCAGCAGUCAGAAGUACUUUAAUGAGAGACUUUAUCAUCAUUUGUGCAGUUUACACUGAAGGCCAUGCAGCUUGCACAGACAUACUGAGCAGCACAAUUUGAUUUAAUAAAGUGGUCUAAUUGAAAUGUA